UGUUUGCACACUCAGUAACGUGCGCGCGAAGAGAAGACUGGGUACCUACGAGUCUAGUAAGAGUACGACGGCGAUACCACAUGCAAUGAGCAGCAGCGAACUGGACGAGAGUUGUAAAGUUUUGCAAGGAAAUUGUGGCCCAAGCGGCAGAUGGACGAUUGCGUUGUUUCUAUCGUUAGUUGUGGGCAAUUUUGUGUUUAGCGGUUUUCUGUUGUGGAAGCUCAGUGUUCAGGAGAAAAGAUUUGAGAAAAGCGUAGAGAAGUUGCAGUUGGACUUGCAGGAACUUCAAGUAGAAAAAGAGGAAAUGAAGCAGGUUUAUGAGACGUUGUCUGAGUAUGGAGGAGAAAGAGGGAAGAGGUCGGAACAAUCUCCCAGUCAGUCGUCACAAGUUACAAUCAACAUUGCACACGUAUUUGGGUCAUUCAUCAAACAGAUGUGCAAACCAGAAUCAGCAAUUUGUAUGCCAGGUCAACCAGGAAGAGACGGAUUGCCAGGUUUGUCUGGAAAAGAUGGUUCAACUGGAUUGCCAGGUUUGUCUGGAAAAGAUGGUUCAACUGGAUUGCCAGGUUUGCCGGGAAGGGAUGGUGAACCAGGUAGAGAUGGAUUGCCAGGUUUGUCUGGAAAAGAUGGUUCAACUGGAUUGCCAGGUUUGUCUGGAAAAGAUGGUUCAACUGGAUUGCCAGGUUUGCCGGGAAGGGAUGGUGAACCAGGUAGAGAUGGAUUGCCAGGUUUGUCUGGAAAAGAUGGUUCAACUGGAUUGCCAGGUUUGCCAGGUAGAGAUGGAUUGCCAGGAAGGGAUGGUCCAAUUGGAUUGCCAGGAGCAGCUGGAAUAAAAGGCAAGGCGGGAAGGAAUGGUGAACCUGGCAGUAAAGGAUUAUCAGGUAAACAGGGUUCACAUGGAAUAGCAGGUAGGAAAGGAGACAUGGGAGUGAGUGGAGAGAAAGGAGAGAAAGGAGAAAGAGGAGAGAGGGGAGUCAGUGGACUACAAGGAAUUUUGGGUCCUCGAGGAGAAAAAGGAGAAGAAGGAGACAAAGGUGAACGAGGAUAUCCUGGUUUUAAAGGAGAGAAGGGUGGAAAGGGGGAGAUUGGGUUACAAGGAGGAAAAGGAAUAAAAGGAAACAAAGGGGAUGAGCAGGAUUUACAUCAAUUGUUUGGUUUACCCAGUCAAUGUUUACCAUGGAAUCAUCGUGUUUUAAAUGAAACUUGGAGACAAACAUCUGAGCAUUAUAAUAAGACAACUCUUCACUGUGAUAUGACAGGUCAUCCAUACAAUCAACAUGGUUUCACACCAGGCUGGCAUUCAUUCAGUCCUACAAUAGGUGGAGCUAUGCCAGAGAAUUGCACAUCUGGUUACUACUGUGGAACUCAUGCAUCAGGAUGGUUAAAAGGAUCUCACCCAAAUGUAAUUGGUCAAAAAAUUUCAAGAACAGUUUGCUUUAGUUGGAGCAAUAAUUGUUGUUCUUAUCGGACUAGUGUUGAAGUGAUCAACUGUGGACAGUAUUACAUAUACAACUUACCUAACACUCCAGAAUGUGCUCUAGCUUACUGUGCUCGAGGACAGUGAAGAACAAGUUUCCUUUAUCAAAACCAUCACAUGUACUUAUCUUUCCAUUUUUGUGUGUAUCUAUGCUUCUCUGACUAGACAAGUGUCUGCUAAGAAUGAUUGUUGUAACAGCUGCUUGUUGUGUAGGAUUGCUGCAUACAGUAUGAUGUGCUGCUAGAUGGAAAUUUUGUUAUAAACAUACACAGUUUGUGAGCAGAAAUGUGGUUUGCUGUCUACACCGUUGUGAUCGUCUUUCUCUGCCUUUCGUCAAUGGAAUCAUUAUAUCAAAAAGCGAACAAAUUGUUGAUGGAAGUUGAGAGUCACAUAUCAUCUCUAGGGCACUCGUAUUCGCCUCAACUUGAGCAGGAAAUUGAGGGUAAAUUAGAGGAGUUGUUCUCUGAUAUUCAGAGGUUGGAGCAGAUGGUCGCUAAAGAACCACCUUCCAGGAAGCAGAGCGCCAAACUACGAGUUGAACAAUUGUCAUAUGAUUGUCAGCAUGUACAUAGUACUCUUAGGACGUUCCAACAGAAACAGCGGCUCAAGGAAAAGGAAGAGCACGAUAGGAAUGAAUUGUUGUCAAGGAGAUUUACAGCAAAUGAGACACCAAUAGCUAAGUCUGACCCUCGAUCAUGUGUGACAGACAGCUGUUGGAAAGUUAAUUUUUAGUGCAUUGGGCUGAUAUUUAAAGCAGCUGUAUUGACAGACAGACGGACAUACAUAUUAACAGACAGACAUCGAGCAGUUGUGAUUGUGGCAAAGAACUGGACAUCCAAGGAUACCAUCUAAUCACUUGUAAGACUGGGGCUGGUCCGGUGCACGCUCACAACUCAAUUGUGUCAGCAUGGUCUAACUGCCUUUCUCAACUCAACUUGUCGCACAAACUAGAGCCACAAUACCGGUAUGUCAACAGUGACAAGAGGUCGGACAUCCUCGUUUAUGACCCAGAUUUAGGUGCAGACAUUGAAUUAGAUGUGUCGUUGGCUCAUCCAUGGUGUUUGGACUCAGUGAAGGCAGCCUCCAGAGAAGGAGUAGCAACAAUGAAACGGGAGGAGAAGAAAGAGGCAAAGUAUAAUUCUGAGCUGCUGCCAGAAGGGUCCUGCCCAUUGGUCAUUCCUCUUGUUUUCCAACAUUUUGGCCGUUGGGGUGAACAAGCUGGCAAAGAGUGCAAGAGAUGAUGAAGGAAAACGAAAUGAGACCGACUUCAAGAACAAGUGGUGAUCAAUCAUUUCAGUGACACUACAACGUUGCAAUGCAAAAGUCGUCUCAGACAAACUCAUUAGCAUAGUGAGAUUAGAACGUCGAAAUGUAUUGUGCUCAGAGUAGUUUGUAUGCCUCUGGACAGUAAUGGUCUUGUUGUGUUAGUGUUAGGUUGCUCAUGACGUAAACAUUUGAUUUAAAUGGAAAAUAUAUGUAUGGAG